UAGAACGGCGAGGAGACGAUCAAGACCUGAACAAUCGGUGUGAUCGGUGUCCUUUCGCUGCUGCGAUCGCACCUCAUCUACAAAAGGUUCCCCGCAAAAUGUCUUUAAAUUUAACGGAUAAAUUGAUUUCCCAUAUAACCUGUCGCGUCUUUAAUAUCAAGUUCCAACGUGACUUCUCUGUUUUUAGUCCGGAAGGACAGCGUGCUGCCCUUGAGGGAAGGGUGAAGAGAUACACAUUAUCGGCAAAAGGUAGAGACAAUCGUCUGAAAUACGUUUGCAUGAGCUGUCUGAAGAAGGUAGAGGAGUUAAGAAUUUCUCGAGCCAUGGAGAAGCGCGCCAACCCACAGCGCUCCCAACUUGUUACAAGUCAAAUACCAAAAUCUGAACCAAUGAGCAUUGAUAACAGAGGACUACUCCAUACAUAUCUAACAAAGGGAAUUCAAAUUAAGCAGGAAGAGACGGAAGAGAUGGAGGUGAAGGUCGAUCCGAUGCUCUUCCUUCAGUAUUCAGAGGAUGAGCAAUCGCAACAGUCGCAGGAUUCGAACCUCUCAGAGCAAUCCGCAGAGAUCGAGGAGGAAGAACGCUUCUACAAUCUAAAAGAAUUCAUGGAAAGCGGGCGCACCUUCGAAGCGGAAUUCACCUGCUCUCUGUGCUCGAGGAUAUUUCACACGGACCGCUCGCUGCUUAACCACACCUGGUGUCAAAACACUAAGCCAGAGACACAGACCCCACCAGUGGUUCACAAGAAACCCAUCGUCCCCACACCAUCAAUUACACCGCGUAAAUAUGACAUGGGCGAUGAUUAUGUCCACGAUGUGGUAAGAUACGUUUGCCCCGUAUGCGGCAAACUGAUCUCCAGUAGAGGUAACCUCAAGAUUCACCUGGAUACACACAGACCCAAAGGAAAAUAUGACUGUGACAUUUGCGGACGCAGUUUCAAGACACAAAGUAACUUGCUCCGUCACAAAGAGUACCAUACAGGAGUCCAGUUCACCUGCAACGUCUGCAGAAGGGUGUAUCCGACCAAAAGCACCCUUCGUGCUCACUCGAUUACCCACAGCAAUCUAAGACCGCACAAAUGUCCACUCUGCGACAAGACCUUCAAAAGGAACCAAGAUUUGAAGUUUCACAUAAAUCAACACACGGGCGCCAGGCCAUACAAGUGCCCGUAUUGUCCUAAGGCCUUCGCCAGCUCGGGGAAUUGCUUCUCUCACCGCAAGAGGAUGCAUCCCUUGGAAGUUGAGCGCGACAAGGAGCGAGCUGCUACUAUAGUUAGAUAGCUCGAUACCGUGUGCCUUUGAAGACUGAACAUAGCAACAAAGUGGAAAUAAAACUCAAGUAUAUUAGGUUUAAAUAAAUGUCUUCAGUAGGUAUCAGCGGUGCGCGGAUUUUAUUUUUAUUGAAAUCCCGCACCGCUCGAUCCACGCGUAUUUUUCGAUGGAAUAUAAAAAUUAUAUAACGUCACAAUAUAUGCAUGACCUCGCAAUGUAUUCGGUCAUACAUUUAUAUGUGAUUCUAGUUGUAAUAGUCUUAAGAAAACACGAAACUGAGCGGAAGCGCGCAAAACUUCUUCCCGGUUUAUAUAUAUAUAUAAUAU